AUGGAAUACACGCACAUAGCGACGCCCGAGCGGUGCUACGCCGACUUCUGCCUGAUCCCCGUCGGCACAGGCAACAUCUCCGUCGCCGAAGAGGUAGCCGAGGUGCAGCGCCUGCUGCAGGCCAGCGGGCUGACGUGCACAAUGCACUCGGCCGGGACGACGGUGGAGGGCUCCUGGGACGACGUCAUGAAGGUCAUUGGCCAGGCGCACAGCGUCGUCCACUCGAAGGGCAUCGUCAGGGUACAGACGUCGAUGCGGGUUGGCACGAGGACGGACAAGAAGCAGUCGGCACAGGAUAAAGUGAAACGAGUUCAAGACAUACUGGCCAAGCCUACCUCUUGA